AUGCCGCCGCUUGAUGAAAAUAUGAAGCGAAGAUUUCGUAUCUACAUACUUGGCAUGACGGCGGUAUCAUUCGGUGUUACGCUUUAUCUGAUGACUCGAUUGGUGCUCAAACAAGCGGAGGCAAAUCCAGAAGUUACGCCACAAGCUAUUGCUGAGCCGGGAAUCGCGAUUGAUGAUUUUCUUCACAAUUACCUUGAAAAAGGAGAGGUCAGAAAGGUAGUAUUUUUGCCGCAUGAGAAAAAGGCUAUCGCCGUUCUGCAUGAUGGAGCCGUUAUUGGUGGAAGAAUGUCGAAAGACAAUGUCGUCACGGUUGCCACCGAUUUAUCCGCUGCUCAGUUUUGGGCUGAAGUCCGAAAGGUAGAAGAUGGACUUGGUAUCCCCCUUUCUCAAGGAGUCGCCCUGCAGCUACAACAGACCAUUGACGUCUGGAGGGUUUUGAAAUUGACGAUUGGAAUGACGGACACGAUGCGUGAAGCGAUUGCCCAGUUGAUGGGCGCUCAGCGGGCAAAAGAAGAAGGCAGAGAUCUGCCUCUAUACAACCAUCAUUCGGUGUGCAGACCAUAUCUUCUAAGUUGUUGUCCGGCCGAUCUUUUGGGAGAUACAAGGUUGGAAGGGCUUGUUUCUUGUCGAAAGAUGCAUGAACCGACUCACAAAGCUGACUACGAGAAUGCUCAAGCACAGAAGGAUCAUUUCUAUGACAUAGAGCUUUACAACAUCUUGCAAGGCACAAUUCGCUUGGUGGAUGGUGAGAUUGAGAAGAUCAAGAACAAACUCGACCGAGACACGCGAGAUGCCGGAGAAAGCGCUGAAAUUGUGAAGAUGAAACGCAUUGCUGACAUUGAAGAGCAAAUCAAGUUGCUUGUUGGGGAAAUUGAAGAACUUGGCUCGCAGGGUAAAGUUGAGGAAUCAAUGCGCACCGCGAAGAAAGUCGAGGAGUUGGAACAAAAGAAAAACGAAUUGAAGAAUGAAGGAAAGAUGAACAUUCCAAUGACUUCUCAACAACGUCUUCGUGUUUGUGAUGACUGCGGUGCACAGCUCAAUAUCAUGGACCAUGAAUCGCGCUUGGCUGAUCAUUUUGGUGGCAAGAUGCAUUUGGGAAUGGUUGAAAUUCGAGAGCGUUACACCGAGAUGGGGAGCACCAUCGAUGAGCGUCGUAAGCUUUAUGGUGAGAAGAACGGUGACAGUGGAAGGGAGAGACGUUCAUCACCAGAUCGGCGCGAUCGUGACCGUGGUGAUCGCCGAGACAAGGAGCGUCGUCGUAGUCGCUCUCGUUCACGCGAUCGUCGCCGCCGGUCAAACUCGCGCGAGCGCCGUGAUGGAAGACGUGAUGAUCGUCGGCGAGAUGAUCGCCGUGAUGAUCGACGUGAUGAUCGUGAUAGGCGUCGCCGU